CGAUAUCUCCCCCGUAGCAACUGGAACGUUUGCCAUGGAUACCACCACAGCCUUCUUGGAUACAAGGAUCCAAUUAAGAUUGGCGUUCAUAUGCAGUCCCCUGAAGGAAACCAGCUCUGGUACCCCAGCCAGUCCCUGUGGAGCCUGAUCACUGAACAUGUACCUGAGUCAGAGCUGCCAAAGAUCCGUACAGCACUGGGCCACUCCCUGGUUGACAUGUACACAGACUUGCACUCGGAGGCGGAGAUUUGGCACAAGAUAUGGCAGUCGAGCCAGCAAGGAAAUAAUAGCAGCAGUGCAGGGACCCCGCUCCCUCGUCAGCAGGGCUCCCCUCUGGCUGACCCCCCUGCAGUCAAAGAGCUGGUGAGAGCCGAGGUGAAGAUGUUACUGCAGACUCUCAAAGAGAGAGCCAGCAGAGGGGGGAGUGAUGGUGAGGCGCUCAUGUUUCGGUACAAACCUGAGACUGUGGACUACGCUCUGGGUCACCUUGACAGCUGCUACAGAAACCAUACCAGCUGUGAAGAUACCGAUGAUUGGAGCAGACCAAGCUCUCACUGUUCAGUCCGAUCCACUGCUGAGGAUGAGGUGGAGGCAAUGAGAAGCAAGCUGAAUAUCACUGACAUUGACCAAGUGGUGGACCGCCUCAAGUCCGUCCUAACAGAGGAAUGUGAAGCGUUGAGCCGGCUGGUUGAGCAUUUCAAGGGAAAUCUUAAACAAAGGUGUCAGAGUCAGUGUGACCCAUCAGAGCCGACGCUUGCAGAGUUGAAAGAGCUUAGAGGAGUUAUACAAAAGGACUUGGAGCUCUACCCCUCUUCUUUUGAUGCUUCACCGCCUGCUCCCUCCUCUCUGCCUUUGAAGGAAUUAAGAAACAGGUUCAGACUGUCAGCAGGACAAAGUGUUUCUGAUGAGACUCUGCAAACUUUAAGCCCUACAUCAGUCCCACUGCGACCACAUCCACCUCCACCUCUGUGCCAUCCUAAACCCAGACCACCACUCAGUGCACCGCCAAGCAGGAACUCUUCAUCAGUUAGACUAAUUAACAGUCCUUCACUAUCUCAGACUCAUGGACAGCGCAGAAGCACGUCAGCCUCCGCUGGACCGAGGAAAACACAAACUAUCUGUAACAGGAUCACCUCGUCUGGGCUCAUGAACAGACACUUCACCCCUUCACCUCCACGGCCUGCCAGUGACCAGAUAAUGGUUAACUCCACGCACCGCUGCAGUCUCUUUUCAGAAGAAGAUAGUGCUGAUCUCCACUGCAGGACUCCUAGUCCUAACUUUCAAAUAAAAACUCCAAGAAUCUCAGCCGUGCACGAAACCCAUCUAUCAUGCCAUCGUAGCAUUCAGAGCCCGAGCAGAGAGCGCGAUUUGUCACCACAGACGGAGAGAAAAAGCAGUCCAGCAUGGAGGUCAAGAAACAUCAAUACUAUCACCUCAUCCACUGACUGUGUAUGAUAUUCAAAGCACUACAAUCACAAACAUUUGAGAUCAGUUAGCUUGUGGAUCUCCACCUCGCUCUCCCCCAGCACUGACAAUUGCAGAGAGAGAAGGAGAAGACGCAAACAUUUUUAUUUUACAAGCAUGGAUCAGGUAAAGCAACAGUGAACACAGCUGGUUAGUGCUAAUUUCUGGUCAGGGUGGCUCACCUGCUGGCUGUGAACUAAUCCAAAAUGUGAGUUUAGUUUGUUUUUUUGGACGACUUUAUAAAAAUACUGCUGAUUAAAGACGUGUAUGAGUAAACACUAAAAAAAGGUGGGAAAUUAAAAUGGUGACAUAAGAAAUAACUUGCUAGAAAUGUGGUAAUGUAUUUAAAUAAAAUAUAUAACUCACCGCAGUUACACUGUGUUUCUGUGGGAAAUACUUAAGCUCAUCUUCAGUAUGUGUUCAGGGACUUUCUGUACAAACUCUGUGUGCAGGUUGUUUUUUUAAAUAAGAAAAAAAUGUUUGUCCUUUUUAUUUUUUGCCAUGGCAUCCAAAACGUUUUUUAAAAAACAAGUGUUGUAUCAUCAAGUUUGAAAAAUUCCUUUAUUGCGACAACCUUAGAUAACACAUAACAUACAUAGGGACUGUGUCUGGUCCUCACUGAAGUUUUUAAAUACAGCAUGAAUUAAAGAUCAGUGUGUAGGACUAACUGUAACAUCUAACUGUGUAGUUGCUUGUACUUGCACUUAUGCUUGUAGAAACCUGACGGUUCAUGUCGGAAGAGACUCUGCGACAUCUGUAGAUGUAGAUCUCAUCCUAAGGUAACAAAAACAGGUUCCUUUUUUUAGGUGAUUAAAUCCUACACUGGACCGUUUAAAAUGAACUCUGAACUCUGAAAAUGACUUGUAAGUUUGCAGUGAUUAAAGAAAGAAAACAUCCGGUGCAGCCCUGCUUUGAUGAAAAAACAAAUAAUUAAUUACUGUUACUGUCACAAAACUGUACGUGCUAAUGAAAGACAUGAAGAUUUUUAACCUAGCAGGUUCACAGAAGAGAAAACUAAACACCUACAGAGUCCUGAGAGGAGGAAUAAUUAGCCAAAGCAACACAUGUGGAGCUGAAUCACACGUCUAGCUUUUGGUUUAUACUCAUUUAACAUAUAUUACAUCAUUGGGAAAACUUAUGUGUUUAAAUCUCUGGCUAAAAAUCUCUGACUUUAAAGUUACAAAAAUACACUGGAGAGAGAACUUGGGCUGUUUUGUGUUAUAUUAUUAGCUGUAUUCAACCUCUAAAUUUCAAAAUGUACAUGUGGCAGCACACUGAUUAUGAUUUUUGAUGCGGUUCAUAAGUUCUCUCUCUCUCUCUCUCUUCAUUGUGGUGUCUUUAAAACAUGCAGACCAAAAACUCAGAUUGCAGUAUAUUCAAAAAUUGGGACAGAAUUUGCACAAUUUUGGCAAUCGAUCCAGGUAUGACAUGUGCCUUCUAUUAGUGUGUAAAGCAAAACAGGCCAGGCUUCAACAAUAACAUGUGUCCUACUUCAACUUCCCAGAGGAAAAUGUAGUUUAAGUUUCGUUUCCUCCAAAGCUCCACCCGCCACUGAGGAGAAACUAAGAACUGAGUCAGUUGUUUAGUUCCUAA